AUGAGUCUCCAAUCAUCGGCUUUCAAGUCUGUGAUGCUACUGGUUGUUGUGAGUGUGCUCUUGUUAGCAAGCACCCAUAUACAUGCUCAGCAAAUCAUUCCAAACGUCACAAUUAUCGCAAACCCUGUUGGAUUUCCAAUUAAUGCAUGCCAAACAAAUCUCACUUUGAGCGUUGUGAUUGCCUCUGUUCCAACUAUUCAAGGAGGCAACAUACUUCUCUCUAGAAACUUCACAUGGCUUGUCAACACUACAGGAGUGAACAAUACCGGAAGCGUAAUUUCAAAACUUGCUGGAACUUCAGUCAAUUCCAGUGUGAUUAUUGUAAACACACAACUUCUCAAGACCAACACUGCUUACUACUUUGGUGUGAACAUUACUGAUAGAAUACAAAAGAACCAGACCACCAUUACAACAGUUUCUCAACUCGCAUUCCUUAACAAUCCAAUCUCAGUGAACAAUGGAACUGCUAUCGGUGGAGCACCUGCUCUUCCUGUUUGUAACGGCAAAACUCAAAACUCUACUCCAGUAAGUCAGUCAAAGAAGGGUCAAGUCAGUCUUGCAUCACCCUCCAUGACUUAUGGUGGUGUGUUGUACCACAUCACUUGUUUUGCCUCUACCUUGUUGUUAGUAAGCGUUUCCUUGAUGAUCUUUGAUAUAUUCUUCUAG